AGUAGAGGCGCUCCAACGAGUGUGUGGGCGGGAGUUAAAAAAAGGUAACUUAACAGGAUGUUGUGACUAAUGUUCAGGGCGUCCCGGCCCCCAUUACCUGGACUUACUUUGUUCUCGUCACAGCACUUGAAUGGAGGAAAAAAAUAACCGGCGUCCCUAGGGGAGGGGCAAAGUGAGGAAGCGAGUGAGAUUCCUGGGGCGUUGGAUGCACCUGUGGGAUGAACGUCUCCUGCCUGCCUGGGCCUAAUGUGGCCAGGGGAAGCUUCCUUCCCGCGCAGUUUGAGCCUCAUUCCUGGUGCCGGGCUUGCAAGUCUCCCAGCCGGGCUAACAGGGGAGGCGUGGAACGCUGCUGCUGCUGCUGCUGCUCUGACAGCUGUUAAUGCGUUUGCCUGCCAGGCGCGCUUUGCAUCGCAAGCGAAAGGUGUGUGUGCGCGCCUGGGCGCGCACGAGUGAGUGAGUGCGUGCAAGCGAGCCCGGGCAGCUGGAGCAGGAAGGCUCCUCCAGAAUGUAGCGUGCAUGGCCGGGGGCUCCAUCAAGAUGCAGCCCCCCUCCGACAGGGCCGACUCGCUGCUCCUGAGCCGGAGUUCCGCGGGCCCCAGAGACCAGGAGCAGCAAGUGCAGCUGCGGCAAAAGCUGAGGGAACUGCCGGCGCUGCUCCGAAGCGGACUCACGCUGCGGAGGAAGAGCUCAGCCACCGGGGGCCGGAUUAUAUCCAGAAGAAUUUCAAAUCCGUAUCUGGAAAAUCCUUCCAGCAAGAUUUAUGGAGAAGGUGCCUCAUGUGCUGGGAGAGCUCUCAGAAAUGUUUUCAUUCUACAGGCUUCUGAUCUGAUGAAAGACAGAAUGUCUCUGAUGGGACUUUGCAGGAGAAGUUGCAUUGGAUCUGAACUCGUCGACUGGCUUUUAAAGAGCUGUGCUUUCAUUAAAAGCAGAUCUACGGCAGCCGGUGUCUGGCAGCUCCUACUGAAUAUGGGAAUUGUGUUAUCAGUGGAUAGACAGAUUUAUUUUCAAGACAAGUAUAUUUUCUACCAGUUCUCAGCUGAUGAGUGUACAUAUCUCUUCUGCGAAUAUGAGGGAGAUGAAGGAUGGAAAAAUGGUGUUAAAUUUUUACUGCAACUGGUACCUGUUCCUCCUAGGAUUAAUACAUGCAACCUGAGCACUCAAAAAAUAGAAGACACAACUGAAACCAAUGCUGAAAUCCUUGCUCGUCUCACUUCUGCGGUGCAGAGAGAAUUGGUAGCUGUUCUUGCUAUGAAGGCAAGAAAAUCAGCCUUAGCAAUGAAUCAGAAUGCUGAAAACAGCAAUGAAGAAGCAGCAGGCCAAGAAGAUCAUAAGGAAAUCUAUGAUGCACAGGAAAUCCAAGGUAUUGAAAUGGAGCAAAAGAGGCUAGGCGUGCUAGCGCUAAAUACAACAGUUUCCAUCUUUGAUCAGUUGCAGGCAGGGGUUAUGUGCAAGCUUCAGGAACGAGAAGAUAUUGGACGCCUUGAACUGGUCCAGAAACUGGCAAAAGAAAACUGUCACCUUCUCCAGGCAGAUAACAGAGAGCCAGAAAAGACAAAUCAGCUGGAUGAUGAAGUGACUACUAUUCAAGUGAAGGAACUGGACCAAGAUGUGCUGGUGCUUAGGAAAGUGUCGUCACAUAACCCAGCCCCCACAUCAGGGAGUGUCGCGAAUGAUUGGAGAUAUGUGGUGGUAUCUGGGACUCCAGAGAAGAUUUUGGAGCACCUCCUGAAUGACUUACACCUGGAAGAGGUACAGGACAAAGAGACAGAAACUCUCCUGGAUGACUUCCUUCUCACAUACACAGUCUUCAUGACAACAGAUGACUUAUGUCAGGCACUGCUGAGGCAUUAUUGUGCUAAAAACCACCAAGGCAAAGAAGAAAUUCUAGAUGUUGCCUGCAGAAAGCGAAAAGUCUUACAUUUGGUAUCUCAGUGGACUUCACUCUACAAAGACUGGUUACAUGAAGAUGAGCAUUUAAAGCAAUUUCUAAAGACAAUAUACAGAAAUGUAUUAGAUGAUGUAUAUGAAUAUCCUAUACUUGAGAAGGAUCUGAAAGAAUUUCAGAAAUUACUUGGAAUGCACCGACGUCACACUGUAGAUGAAUAUUCACCUCAUAGAAAGCAUAAAGCCAUUUUACAUCAGUUCAGUCUCAAGGAGAACUGGCUCCAGAAUAGAGGAACUAUGAAUGAAACAGAGGAGGUUUUUUGUCGUGUGUAUAUAACAGAACAUUCUUAUGUCAGCGUAAAAACUAAAGUAUCCACUUUAGCUCAGGAGAUCUUGAAAAUUGUAGCAGAAAAACUCCAGCAUUCGCAGGAAGACCUGGCUCUGGUGGCCGUUUCAUUCUCUGGGGAAAAACAUGAAUUACAACCAAAUGACUUGGCAAUCUCCAAAUCCCUUGAGUCUUCCGCUCGUAUGUUUGUAUUCCGAAAAGAUCUGACGGAUACUCUGAACCCUUUUGCUGAAAAUGAGGAAACUCAGCAGCGGUCUGUGAGAAUUCUGGGAAUUAACACUUGGGACCUCGCUUUGGAAUUAACAAACUUUGAUUGGAAUCUUUUCAACUUGAUUCAUGAGCAAGAGCUGAUAUACUUCACCUUCAGCAGACAAGGCAGUGGAGAAAACACUGUGAAUCUUAGCCUUCUGCUUCAAAGAUGCAAUGAAGUUCAACUCUGGGUUGCCACAGAAAUACUCCUCUGCAAUCAACUGUGUAAACGUGUUCAGCUAGUAAAAAAGUUCAUUAAAAUUGCUGCUCACUGCAAAGCCCAAAGAAAUCUGAACUCAUUCUUUGCCAUCGUUAUGGGUCUAAACACUGCAUCUGUCAGUCGACUUUCUCAGACGUGGGAGAGGAUUCCUGGAAAGUUUAAGAAACUCUUCACUGAACUUGAAAAUUUGACAGACCCUUCCCUCAAUCAUAAAGCCUAUAGGGAUGCGUUCAAGAAAAUGAAGUCUCCAAAAAUCCCCUUCAUGCCUUUACUUCUUAAAGAUGUAACAUUUAUACAUGAAGGAAAUAAAACAUUUUUGGAUAACCUGGUUAACUUUGAAAAGCUGCACAUGAUUGCAGACACGGUCCGAUCACUGAGAUAUUGCAGGCAUAACCAGUUUGGAAAUGAAGUGCCCUCAAAAGAACAUCAGGAGCUAAAGCCCUAUGUCCAUCACUUGCACAUCAUUGAUAACCAGCAGAUGUUGUUUGAGCUUUCUCAUAGGAUAGAGCCCCGCGUGUGAGUUCAUGCAGAUUUCAUGACUGUAGCACUUUCAGUGAAGUGAGUGUUUAUAUCAAGCAUGUUGCUUCCCUAGGAGAGAGUUGUUUACUGAGUUUUAUCAGUAGUUGAUGAUGCCACAACAUCCGCAGGAAUCUCAUGCAAAGCAACAAGAGGUACUGUUUGCAGUGGCCUUCCAGGAGGAGAGAGAGACAACUGCAGUGCAAGAAAAAGAGGAGCACCAUUCUCCACAUUCAAAAACUUGGUUUCCUUGGGAAUAAUAAUGGCCCUGCGCAGCUUUCAAUCCAUAUUCCAUCAGUGUUCAAUGGAUAGAAAACAUUGCUUCAAAACCAUGAAGGAGCUUCUUAGCAAGCAGCAUCAUGUGAGAAAGCAGUUCAUAAUUCUCCAAAGAGGGAUGUACCUCACUAAUUGUAUGCUGCCAAAGUAUUAACUGUUGCCAAAACUUAAUCUUAGCUUUCCCCGGGAUAUGUAGCAAACACUGCAAAGCUGAAACAUAAAGAAAUAACUUUUAGAGGGCAGCAUACAAAUAGAAUUCAAAUUAUAGCCAAGUAGCAACUGAUACUUUAUUUUAGCAUCCUUUCCAUUUCAGAAUCUGUUUCAUAGCAUAAAACAAAAGUCCAUGUUGAUAUAUAUAAUCUGUGCUAAACAAAAAUUCAGUGCUUCUAUACUGGAUUGAUUCAUAGAGAGCAAGGUGCUUUGAAUUUGUUUUUAUAGCUAGCACUUCUUACAUUUUAGAACCAUCUCCAUUUCCCCUCCUUUCCCAUUUAUUCUGAUUUUGGCAAGCCAUUUCCACAGCUGAUGUGCCUAUAGCUUAUUACAAAGGAAUGCAGUAUGUUUUACUCCUUGAUUGCUGUACCAUGCGAUAACUACUGUGAUUGUCUUUGGAUAGGUCCAGGCUUACUCUAAGCAAUAUCUAAAUAGAUCAGCAAGCAUCUAUGAGUGGGUAACUUACAAUGCAGCAGAUUUCAAUAUGGGGGAAGAUAGCAGCAACCCUUAGGUAAAUGUCACAAAAGCAAAACGUCUAUACCUCAGUACUGGAUACAUGUUCUGGAAUAUUUUCUGCUGCACAUCAAGGGCAUGUAUGCACUGCAUGUGAAAACUUGGUUAACUAUAAUAGCUUCUCCCCAGAUCCCUGGGGACAAGAAUUCUGUAAGAGUCUUGUGGAUCUGCAACAAUUAACAUCUUUACAAAACUGGAAUUCUCAGAAUUGCCUCGGGGAAGCCAUGAGUUAAAUUACUGUAUGGUUCACCUACCACCCUUACUGAACAUGAUCAGAAAUACUAUACAGCCAGGCAAACUCUAAACUGCUGAGCACACACUCUUCAUUCUUUUGUUUUGAAAGGCAAAAUGUAUGCAAGGGCUUAUUCAGAGAAUUAGUUCAAACCUUAACCCUACUGCAUUUUAGCUUUUGUGGGAUAGCCCUGCAAGUCCCUAAUCAAAGGCAAAAUUGAUUUCUUUAAAUGAAAAAGAAAUAGAGUAGCUGUGCUUGUGGGAACAGCUGUGUUGCUGUCUUCCCUGGCUUCUUAUAAAGGCUGUGUGCACUCCAGUGUACAAGUGUACCCUGUGUACACAGUGUACAAGGCAGCCUGCAAAGUGUGGGCUCACACAGGAACUGAAACUGACACUCAAGGCAACUGAACAAGGGACAAAUGUUCCUGGAUCCAUGGCUGGGUGGGUGCCCACUUGCUUUUUGUUCUCCCUCUUACAUCUCUUUGAAGAAGGUGGGAAUGGGCAGGAGUCCCUCUUUAUUUUUGUCCCAGGGCCCACUUCAACCUUGCUGCGCCUCUGGCUGUUAGGAUUGCAACAUGGUGCAGCAUGGAAGGGAGUGUUUGCUGCAUUUAACUGUGAUCUUGUGGGGACCAUCCAGGGACAUAGCUAUAAGUGAGCGAAAGGGUUCAAAGAACACGGGCCCCCAGCUCCUGAGGGCCCUCCAGCUCCAUCCCUCCCUCCCUCCCUAUUUUCUUCAUUGUCUCCCUCACUCUGGGGGGCCGCCAGAGAGAGGGAUGAACACGGGCCCCCUCUCUCCUAGCUACGCCCCUGGGACCAUCCAGUCAGUUCUGUAGCUCUUCUGUAAUUACAUUCCAGAGAGCACUUUCUCUGUAGUUCGGGGGAAAUAGAUCACUCAAGUAGUGCUUUCUUUAAGUAAGACCUUUGGUUCCUGUUCAACAAUCAUGUGAUAGCCACUGUUUUGUUGGUCGGGAAAGGCCCAGAUUCUUGUGUCCAGAAGUUUCAUUCUCUGAUGUAGCAAAAUGUGACAAAAGUGAACAUCCCUCCUCCCCCGAUAAUUACCCUGUUCAACAUCAAUUUUCAUUUUGAAAGAUCAAAGCAAUAUCAAUGGUUAUUGUCAAAUCCACUUGGAAUCAUGUCUACAACUCACACUUGUCCCCAUAAUGUCUUCCUUAUAAUUGUAUUAAGGGAUCUCAAGGGAUUGCCCAGAGUUUAUGGUAAAUAUUAUGCAUUUCACUGUGAAAAUCUGUUUAUAUGCAGCUUUAUACAAAAUUAUGAUGGCAGUGGGAGUAUACUGCUUUGUAAUACUAUGCUAUACAGGAGAGACAGAAGGUUAAAAAAACAACAGUCCACUAAAGUAGCUGUACUCUCCUUUUCUUUAGCAGUUGCUUGUUUGUGGCUAUAAGGACAUAAUCAUUCAGGAAUUCUUCCUGCACAAGUUCCUUCCUAAGGGAUUGUGUCCUGUUAGAAGUGAUGUGAAAUCAGCUUUAAGAGAGAGAAGACAUUUGUGAUGGAGGAAGGGAUUAUUUCAAAUAUGUGAUGGUUUCCCCAAUAUGAAAAUUGCAAAAAUACUGUACAGGUAUAAUGUAAAGAGAACAUGUGUUUCAGAAAUUGUACAUCCUAUUGUGAAUAUGCUAUAUUGUUUCUCUUUUAAAAACAGCUUCUUAACCAGUCAAAAGGGGAAAACCAAUUGGCCAUGGAGUAAAUCUAACCUUUUGUUGAUGGUGCACAUACUAGUAAUAACCCAGAUAAGCUAUUUAGGCAUAUAGAUGGAGCCUUUUAUGACAUUUUCACUAUAGCAAUUUAGCUAAAGAGGGAAGAUGUCUUUUAAAAUAUAUGGCAGCUUGCCUCUUCAGCCAUGGGAGUUGCUACAGUCAGGGCGGGGUGGGGUGGGGAAUCAGGAAUCUUACAUUAGUAUUUCUGCCCACAUAAAUAACAUUUUUCAUAAGAGAAGCUGUAAAUAAUCUUCUGUGAGUGCAAGCAAACCAGACCUUCAGAGGGUGGAAUUAAACAUUGGGAAAUAGAUAAGGAGUUCCCAAUUCCAUGUUUGCCUAAUAAAAUUACAGCCGGGGUGGGCAGGAGCAGCAUUUGUAAGGGAGAAUCAGAUACCGAACCCUUCUCACAUCUCUGAUUCUCCUCUGCAGUUGAUCCCCAGCUAUUUGGUAGUGGUUUGUUUUCUAACUGUGUAAAAAGCUCCAUGUAAGCUUUAAGACUAAACAAAGCACAGCUGGCCAGGGGCAUAGCAAGACCCCUGGGGGCCAGAGGGCAAAGUCUUGUGUGUGUUCCUGGCACCCUAAGCGAUGCCCCCUGCGUCUGACAUCAUACUCAAGGGGCAGUGCAACCAGCAUCUCCCCACCACCGUUGCUGCCUGCCAACAUCUUGCUUCCGCUGCCGCUACUUAACUCGGGGGGAGGGGGGAUGAACCGGGCG